AUGCCAUCCUAUGUGAUCACAGGCGUCUCCAGGGGGAUCGGGUACGAGUUCCUCCGCCAGUACUCCAGCGACCCGAGCAACACCGUCAUCGGCAUUGUCCGUAACAAGCCUGCAACCGACAAGAAGGUCUCGGAGGACGCGGACCUGAAGGACCGGACCAACAUCCACAUUCUUGAGGCUGACUGUACCGACUACAACGCUCUGAAAGCGGCCGCCGAGGCCACGGCCAAGAUUACCGGCGGCACACUCGACUAUCUCAUUGGCAACGCGGGCCUCGUGUCGAAGUUCGAUGCAUUCGACCCCAUCGGCGAGCUUGGCAAGCAGCCCGAGCUGUUGACCAAGACGCUGCGGGAGCUCUUCGAGAUCAACGUGAUCGGCCAAGUGCACCUGAUCAACCUGUUCUUGCCGCUGCUGCUCAAGGGUCAGACCAAGAAGGUGGUCAUCGUCUCGACCGGCCUGGCCGACUUCGAGCUCACCAACAAGUACGACUUGGAGCUCGGCUCGCUGUACUCGGCCAGCAAGGCUGCCGUCAACAUGAUCGUGGCCAAGUUCAGCGCCCAGUACAAGAAGGACGGCGUGCUCUUCCUCGCCCUGAGCCCCGGCAUGGUCGAUGUGGGCCAUUACAAGGAAUUGACUCCAGAACAGCUGCAGGCCAUGGGCAGCAUGUUGACCAAGUUUGCCGACUAUGCGCCGCACUUCAAGGGCCCUCUCACGCCGGAGCAGUCGGUGACUGCUUGCCGGAAGGUGAUUGCGGAAGCCAGCAUCGAGAAGGGCAACGGUGGCGACUUCAUCUCGCACCUCGGGACCAAGAGGUGGCUGUAG